GAAGAGAGAGAGAGAGAGAACCCGGAUUCAAGGACUACACUUCCCGGCGUGCUUUGAGGAAAGGGGGCGUGGCUGAGACAAGCCUUUUGCCGGCUGGGAAAAAACGAGGCUGAAAGAGACGCUGCGAGGAGGAGGAGGAGGAGGAGGAUGGCCGAGCUCAAAGUCUUCCCGCUCUCCUGCGCGGUGCAGAACUAUGCCUGGGGCAAGGCCGGCCGGGACAGCGAAGUCGCCAAACUCUUGGCCAGCAGCGACCCCACUGCGCAAAUCGAAGCAGAGAAGCCCUACGCAGAGCUUUGGAUGGGCACUCACCCCAAAGGCGACGCCGUGAUCUGUGACAACCGCAUCCCGCAGAAGACCUUGGGCCAGUGGAUUGCGGUCAACCCGGGAUGCCUGGGCUCCAAGGUGAAGGACUCUUUCCAGGGCCAGCUGCCCUUCUUGUUCAAAGUGCUGUCGGUCAACACGGCUUUGUCCAUCCAAGCCCAUCCCACCAAGGAACUGGCCGAGAAGCUGCACGCUCAGUCUCCGGAGCAUUACCCCGAUGCCAACCACAAGCCGGAGAUGGCCAUUGCCCUCACCCCCUUUGAGGGCAUGUGCGGUUUCCGGCCGGGAGAGGAAAUCGUGGGCUUCCUCCAGAAUGUUCCUGAAUUCCGGACAUUAAUUGGGAACGUGGCGGCGGAGCAGCUGGAGCGCAGUGUGAGGGAUGACCCCCGGGGCGUGGCGGCCGCCUUGCGCGUCUGCUUCACCAGGAUGAUGAAGAGCGAGAAGAAGGUCUUUGUGGACCAGCUCAACAUGUUGGUGAAGCGCAUCUCCCAAGAAGCGGCGGCAGGGAAAGACAUUUCUGCCAGUUGUGGGGAGCUGCUCCUCCGGCUCCAUUCCCAGUAUCCUGGAGACAUUGGCUGCUUUGCCAUCUAUUUCCUGAACGUGGUGAAGCUGCAGCCGGGCGAGUGCAUGUUCCUGGGAGCCAAUGAGCCUCACGCCUACCUCUAUGGAGACUGCAUCGAGUGCAUGGCGUGUUCUGACAACACUGUCCGAGCCGGCCUGACCCCCAAGUUCAUUGACGUCCUCACCUUGUGCGAAAUGCUCAACUAUACUCCAGCUCCCGGCAGCUCCAAGCUCUUGUCCCCCGUGCAAAGCCGCCUGGACCCUUACGUCUACCUCUACGACCCGCCCGUUCCAGACUUCGCUGUCAUGAGGAUCACGAUUCCGGCUUCCAUUAAGUUGUACCUCAUUUCGGCCAUCGACUCGGCUAGCAUCGUGCUGGUGGUGCAAGGGGUGGCCGUGGGCUCCUCCACCGCAGCCACGGCCGAGAUGCCCCUCCGUCGGGGCUCCGUGCUGUUCAUCUCGGCCAACGAGAGCGUCUCCUUGCACCUCUCCAACGGCGAAGGGAUGCUCCUCUUCCGCGCCUGCUGCCUCUUAUAAAUAGCCUGGGACCCUUGGCUCUUCCCUCCUUUGGCUCUGACUCGCAUUGCAUCCAUAGAAGCCGGCCUGGGCCCCUCAGGUUGAUUCCCACCCAUCCCAUCCCUGUGUCAGGAGCCCAGCUUGAUUCCCACUCAACCUUCUUAUGGUUGGCACCCGUUUCCUAUCCUUCUUGCCCUUACGGUUAAUUAUGUUUUGAAAAAGCAGGCAGGAAAUCCCUGCUGCUGAAGAUGGUUUCAUUGCUGCUGCUGUUUCAAAAAUCGGGUUGCUCGGCUAAUGCGGAGCUGGAAAAGCCGCGAUUGUCUAAAUGCCACUAAACUCUAAAUCCCAUCACUCAGCACGGAUUUGGAGUUCAUCAACAUUUAAGGGAGUUGGUGAAAAUUUCAGAACUCUAACAAAACUUUCAACAUGUAAUUAUUAUUUCAUUAUUGGUGAUUUGUAUGACAACCAAUUAGGAACUGCCACUUACAAUGAAAUUUUGAGAGUUUUGUUAGAGUUCUGAAAUUUUCACCACCAGAACUUUAGUUUUAUAAGUACUUUAGAACAGAGAUGGGAAUUGAAUCCUUUUCUCUGGGUGUUUUCUGGACCAUAUCUCCCAGCUUACUGUGUCAUUGGCAAAGCAGGCUGGAGCUACUGGGAGUUGUAGUCCAACAUCUAGAAAUUUGCACAGUUCCCAUCCCUGACCCAAAGUGUUAGCGGCAUCAAGACUGUUUUGGAUAGUAUACAGAUACUUGUUGUUCUAUUCAAGAGAAACUUUAGAUUAUUGACCGAACACAGGCAUGGGCAAACUUUCGCCCUCCGGGUGUUUUGGACUACAACUCUCACAAUUGUGGGAGUUGUAGUCCAAAACACCCGGAGGGCCAAAGUUUGCCCAUGCCUGAUCUAGCAGCAUUCUUUAAUUGAAACAGAAAUGGUUGCAAACCUUGUUAUUUAGAUAU